AUGCCCAGAGGAUUCCUAGUGAAAAGGAACAACAAAUGGUCCCCAGUUUCAUACAGGAUUCGGGCUGAGGACGAUCAACUAGUUCAACGCCACCCUCUGACAGUGGGCAUGGGGCCAGCCGUGUGCCCGGACAGUCUUCUUGCCCAGUCAGGUUCCCAGAGCAGCGGCCCAGAGGGGCUUCACCGCGGGAUGACAGAGGAGCAAGACUUGGGGCCAGCCCAGCAACAGAGAGAGCAGGCUGGCGCUGCUCUCGGCCGGAGCCUGACUGGGUGUCCUGCUGCCUCUCCCAGCCUGGUCACAGCCACUCACCUCAAACCAGGACCUUCUGCCUUGGACAGUAGCUGCCUCACCUCCUCCUCCUCCUCCUCCGCAGCUGCUGCUGCUGCAGCUGCCAUCAGGCCGGGGGAGUGGUCCCUGCGGGCACCGGCAGAGGGUACCCGGCCCGGCAGCACUGACCCGCACCCCCCAGCUUUACCGGGCCCGGAGCCCGGGCGCCGCAAGUCCAGGGUGCGCCCGAAGAAGCCCAGAGCCAGCCGCAAGCUGCAGCCGCAGGACGAGGUCAGCACUUCCCCUGUGCUCGGUCUGAGAAUUAAAGCGGACGCCAGCCACUGCCGAGCGGAGGCAGGGUCAGCCCAGCCGCGGCUCCUGGCCGCCUACACCUGCCAGCUGUGCGGGGAGACCUACUCGGAUCCCUUCUCGCUGGCCCAGCACAGAUGCUCCAGGAUAGUCCGGGUGGAAUACCGCUGCCCCGACUGCCAGAAGGUCUUCAGCUGCCCGGCUAACCUGGCCUCCCACCGCCGGUGGCACAAACCCCGCUCGGGGGGCGGUGCUGCCCAGGAGCGGGGCAGCUGGCCCGGAGCCCAGCCGCGGCUGGACCCGGAGAGCAAGGAGAACUCCUCGGGGGUGAGCGCCGGGGCGAGCCGCGGCGGCUUUCAGACCCUGGACAGCUCCGCGCCGGGCUCCGAGCCGAGCGGGGCCGCCACCCCGGCCCCCCAGCGCUUCGAGCGCCGCCUGCGCGGCAGGAGGUUCCGGCGCCCGGCCUCCCCGGAGAAGCCCCGGUCCGGGCACCAGGCGGCCGGCUCCCCGGGUCCCAGGCGCCUGCAGUGGCGGCGCCCGGGCUUCCCCUGCCCGCUGUGCGGGGUCAACCUGCCGUCCGUCGACAGCCGCAGCAAGCACCUGCUGUGGCACGCGGUGUCCCGCGGGGAGCCAGCCGGGCUGCAGGAGGCUGCCGCCGGCACCGGCACCGGAGGGCAGCUCCUCACCUGCAAGCACUGCCCUUCCAGCUUCCUGAGCUCGGCCAGCUUGAGCAGGCACCUCAGCAAGUGCCACCCGUCAGAGAACCGGCAGCUCCUCCUCCUCCUGCAGCUCGCCACCGGGCCAGGCUGCUAA